AUGUCGGCACUUGGUCGACCCAGGGAGAUGAGCAAUCCAACCGCUUCAGCAAACGAUGACUUAGUCGCGUUUCAGACCAGUCAUUCUCAUUCCCUGCCAGCCCUAGGACAGCAACAUGCAACCUCAUCUCCCCACGCUGUUCCGGUCGAUGACGAGGUGCUCGAGCCCAGAAGUGGCAACGUGGAUCGGCUUACCCUCAAGACAUUUGUUUUCUCACGCAAGGGUCUCAGAACAGACAUGCAAAUUGUCGAUGUUCAAAACGAGGUUGACUGGUCGUCUUACUAUGCAGCGGUCAAAGCUUGGAAGUUCAACACUCCCGACGUGACCCUGCAUGCUGGAAUAGACACCACUGCUGAGAUUGUAGGGGUUGCGCACUUCCGCUUCUCUCGGCAUAUGAUGUUAGGUCUUGGGGAUCCCCUGAAUGACCCUUCAAGUGUCGUCUGGGAGGAACUGCGCAGGCAAAGUUUGCUGAAGAACAGAUGGAGCUUCGAGUUUGACGACUCCAUUGGUCAUAACGACAUUGGUACGCCUCGAUCAGAAGGAACAAGAAGGCGACGUUUGCUUUGGCAAAGAACCACCGAUGCGGCAGACGGUGUAGAAGGACUAUCCAGGAUGUCGAUACAGAACUUUCGACUGACUGACCAGGGCACUGGAGAUGUCGUUGCUGUGUUCAUUGCGAGUAACUUGACCAGUCUCAAGAAGAAAGGAGAGCUGCGAAUAUUUCGGGAACUCAGCAUCAGCCUGGAGAGAAUCAUUCUUUUGAGUUGUGCCAGUAUUUCUGAAAAAUUGGCCAGAGAUUGA